AACCAGUCAUGAAAAAGAAUCUUGGUCACACCCAGGAGUUAUUUAAUGCCACCUCUUGCUGCAUUGCUCUUUAAACACACGCCUAAAAGCACCAGUGAAGGACCUGCUACUGCAGGAGCAUUUUUAGCCAAGAGGAUCUGCGAUGGCUUGGCAUCACAGCACCAUCGUUCAGUUUGUGGGACUGACUCUCUCCUUCCUCGGGUGGGCCUUGUCGUGCGUCACCACUUACGUGCCGGCGUGGAAAAAACGCGGCUUACAACUCAACGAUCUCGAAAUCUGGACCAUGGGCCUCUGGCGGGUCUGCAUUGCUCACGAGGGAAAGACCAUGGAGUGCAAAAGCCAUGACUCUUUCCUAGCCCUACCCUUGGAAAUCAAGGUCUCCAGGAUCAUCAUGGUGACCUCCAACGUAAUGGGAUUUCUUGGGAUCAUCCUUUCUUUCUCAGGGUCAAACUGUGUGAGGACGAGAGACCAAAACCCAGGAUCGACAAAACAGCUUUUGGUUCCUGGUGGGAUUGUCUUGUGCCUUUCAGGAAUGGCAACUCUUGCGCCCGUCUCCUGGACCGCCUACAACAUUGUGCAAGAAUUUUGGGAUAAAACUGUACCACAGAUUGUAUCAAGAUGGGACUUCGGCGAUGCUUUAUUCUUGGGCUGGUUUUCUGGAUUCUUCCUUAUAUUAGGCGGCUUUAUUAUCAUCUGCUCUGCCUGUUAUCCAGUGACCAGGAAGCCACCAAGGCAGUUAGCUGUCCAGCAGAAGCUCAAGAGGCAAAAGUCACCCAUGCUGCCAAAUCAUUAUCAGAAUUCAACGCUGAGGAAUGCAUACCUUGUUAUCUAA